CGAUAAGAACAAAGCUUUUUCCAUAGUUCUAUUGGCGUUGUUGAGGCUUGCUCAGUAUGUUGAACUUAAGUGCCUCAUGUACAGCGAAGGGAGCUUUUUGUGAACGGUCUACGGAUCCAUGCAUGCAGAAACAAAACCAAGCCCUCGAAUGUUCAGGACAGUAUGGAUCACCCUGCCAGAAUGACGCAGAUUGCAUUCAAGCUGAUAUAGGAUUAACGGCCUGCGUGCAGGGCUUCUGUAACUGCACUGCCUUAUAUCGUGUUUCGACAAGAGGUGUAUGUGUGAGGGACGUCACUCUGCCUGGAGGUAUGGCCCUUCUGUCCGGGUCGGUUUUCGUUUUACUGGUCUGUGUGGUCGCGCUUUUGUUAACUGGUAUCUUUGCACUAUAUUCGUACGACUAUCGACUUGAAAUGAAUCUCCAAAAGUUGGACCUUAUUAAGGAAAUUUCACGACGGGGCAAGGACUCCAACCGCCCAUCGCUCGCAGAUCUGAAAAGCACUUCGCCGUCAUCACCUCAUCGAAAAGCCGCUUCGUAUGCAAUAACCGAUCGGCCCAACUGGAAGCGUUUUCGAGACCACUUCAUUGCUCACGAUGACUCCCCUCGAAACAACGAGAAACUUAAAUUAGAUAGACCAGAAUCGAAACCCGUAGGAAAAGCCGUUAACAAGGAAACAGAAAGUCAUGACGGUUUCACUCAUACCGCUCUUGGAACUCUUAUUAGGUGAUUACCGGGCGGGCCCGAAUCUACUAGGUACAUCAUGGAGCAAGUUUACUCCGUGUUUCGAAGACCGUCCUCGCUUCCGAAUGCGGAAUGGCGAGAGAGAGCUUUAAAGUGUUCCGUAUCGUCUCGAAGUGCACUGGCAUUCACAGCCGAUUCUCUGGAUGGUCCUGGUAGAGUUCUGUCGUUCGGGGUGUACGUUGUAGAUCUGAAUACGCCUUGGCAUCCGUGGCAAGUCCUUAACCAUAACGAGGAGAUUACUUGUCUUGAAUGGGACUCAAGUGGCACGAGACUUAUGGUUGGCGACGCUGUUGGUUCUAUCCUCAUCUUUCAGAUGAACAACUUUCUACUCAACCAGUGGACUCUAGUGUCAACAACAAAGUUUCCCGGGGAACAUCUGCUUGCCGGCGUCUGGUUUCAUAGCGGCAAGAAAGUCGCUGUGAAUAUAGAGAAAAAGGAUAGUUGCAUGUAUCUGGAGAAAUACUCUCAUCUGAAGUUCGAACCAUCAAUGAAGCGAAUGGGUGGCAAACGAUCUGAGGGAUGUCUGGCAAUUAGUGCAUCGGGUCUUGUGUGUGUUGUCCUAUUGUGCGGUGAUAAUUCGAUAGUUUCUUCGUCACAGCCGUUAACAUACUUUCGCAAUCGACUACAGCUUGUCGACCUUAAUUACGGUAAAAACGGGUCGAUUAUUGCUAUCUGCAGCGAUGGUCUGUCACGUUCUCCAGUUCGAUGCUUCGCUAUUGUGCUCGUCAUGGAUCAGGACAAAUGUCAAAUAAAUAUUGAGCCGUUUUCCGGUUUCUGUCCGAAUUCGCAAAAUGAAGAAGGCUAUCGAAGAGUCACCCACCUUCGAUGUGUUCUAAAGGAAGCCUCGGAUGCCGUCGUUGUAUCAGUUACGAACGGUCAGCAAGGCAUACUAGAGCUAUGGGAACUUACGGAGGAAACAGUUAGUUUGCAUCCGCUUGUCGGCAAAUGCGAGAACAGAACAAGUGUCAGCUGGAGGUUACACGCUGUAAGUUCGCACGCUUCACCGGUGGCGGCACUUGCAACCCCGCGGCUCAGCCUCUACGAGCUAAGUCGACCACAGUCGUGUAUAGUCGUUGCAUUUAAGGAUCACAGUGUCAAAUGCUUUGCCCGUGAAAAGCUAACGUGUUUAAGUAGUGUAAGCACUAUGGUUAGUCCUCAUGCAAUCAAGAGUCAACAGCAUGGACAAAUAUCAUAUAUGUGUAUCAGUCACACAGGAUGUGUACUUAUUGCUAUCGACAGCCUAUCACAGCUAGCGCUAUUCAGAUUACCACCAGUUACCGAGCCAGGAGCACCUAUAAGCGUGCCGUUUGCAGCGACUGUUCUCGAAUACUGUCUUAUUACAGGAGUUGACUGGUGGGAUGUUCUUGUAAGCCUACGACCAGGCCUCAUCGAGAAGGUGUCUGAAAAACUUUGCGAGGUUUUUGAUAAACAACCUCCUGGCAUACAACAGUUCUAUGAAAGUCGCUUUCUAGCCAUCAAAGGCAGCCUGUAUCGUCUUCUAAACAUGGGUUUUAUAAAGGCAGGUGAUUGCCAUGCUCAGAUGAUGUUGUCGGCCGUGAGCUGCGGAAUUAAGGCAUUACUUCGACCUAGGGAGACGAAACCAGAUGGAGGUCCAGCAGAUACGCUAUCGGCGUUAAUCAAUGAUCGCGCGCAAGUAAGCAACACAAUGGACAAAGUUCUUGUGAAUCUCGACACGAGGGAAUUUUUUGUUGAACCAGCUAUUCUUCCUUCAGUUCAACAUCAUGUUCAGUGGGUUUCUGACUUAGCCUUACAUCUCAUGGCUUCACUGCCAUUACAGAUAUGCCACCGACAACGUUUUCCUGGUGGUGGUCUCAUCCAAGAUGCAAAGAGCAUUAACACCAUCCGAGAACUGUUGGUAAUUUUCCGUAUGUGGGGUCUGUUGUCAGAGAGUUGCUUGCCGGUGUAUACGCGUAUGACGGAAAAUCUAGAUGUGCUUGGCGUUCUCUUCAAGCUACUCACGAAAACGCUGAUAAAUCAUGGCUCGGAACCGGACGCGACGUUGCUAGAGGAGUGCAGUGUACUUCCAUCCCAAAUUCUUAUACCAUCCCUAGACCUAGCCAGCCAUUCACACGAAGGCGUCUGUGGACCAGCGCUGUUUGUUCAACCACUUCCGUUAGCAUUGGAGUUUGGUAUGAUGGCGGAUUUUGUCGCCACUCAUCACCAUAAAACAGCUGGAACCGUUGAGGGGUCCGUGCGGAGCACCUCACAUACAGACAUUGUUCGGCACAUUUCACUGGGAAAGCAUGUUGUCCAAGUGAGAAAGUGUACGCGUUGCUUCAGCUUGUCGAUGCUUAGAUCGAGCCAGAAUUUAAGUGUUAUGCGAGCGUGGGAACAGAGAUGGCUGCGGUGCUGUCCCUGUGGAGGUCAGUGGAUGCUUUUCUAGUACAGUACGAAAACACUGUUGUUUUUAUGUUUUAGGGUUGUACAAUAAACUGAUUAGCUGCUAACAGCAUCGGAUGUGAGUGUAGGAAAGCCAAUCCACCUUGUAAAAAUACAUAGAUAUGCCGCUGCCAGUCAAAGGACCAAUUUUUGCCGACCAAUUGCCGAGCUAAGAAACAGAUUUGUUUUGAAUUAGGCAUUUCCCAUGGGCUUCUAUGAAUGGAACCGGUGUUUCGACGUACGACUGUUUAGCCUAAAUAGUUUUGCGCACGAAAACAAUAUUAAUAGAAUGUCUGAUGUAUGAUAAUUAGUUAGCGUUUAGUUUGUAUAAUAUCCUUGUAACUUUGCCUAUUUAUAUCAAUUGACAAGGCGGUCUCCAUAUCACAAGGUGCGCCUGUGAUCGACCCAUGCGGAGAAGCUGGCCGCCGUUUAUUGUCCAAUGAGCC